GAGAGCGGUUGGCUUCUAAGAGCCUGCGGGCCAACUGCAAGCCCUCGAGCGGAGCUCGGUCGGAGAGGGAGCGUCGCCGCUUCAAGAGCGCAGUCAUGUUCGGGGGGCUUUCCCGGGUCUUCAGAGACGACCCCUUCUUCCAAGAUUCUUUUGCUGCACAUCGUGAGCACAUGGAUCGUAUCUUUUCUGAGCCUUUUGGUCCAAGUCCAUUUUUUGGUGGCGAAAGAAUUCGAAAUGCUAUUAAAGAUGGUGGUGAAAGAACUCGAGAUCAAGGAGGAUGUCCUGAUUCUCGGGUUGCUUUGAAGGACAGUCACAAGACGAUGAGCUGUUCUCUUUUACCCUUUGGCAGUUUUGGUGGCAUGGCCAUGAAUUUUCCUUUUGUACCUUUUGGCUGUUUUGGUGGCAUGAACAUGGAUUUUAGGGAUCCUUUUUCGACAAUGGACAGAAUGAUGUCAAAUAUGAGAAACACCAUGAUGGAACUGCAACAAAAUUUUGAUAAAAUGUCAAUUGACCCAAAUUCACACUCAUUCGUUUCUUCAUCCGUGAUGACAUAUUCCAAGACAGGUGAUGAACCACCAAAGGUUUUCCAGGCUUCUGCUCAGACACGCAGAGCUCCAGGAGGUAUCAAAGAAACUAGAAAAUCAGUUAAAGAUUCUGAAAGUGGACUGGAAAAAAUGGCUGUCGGCCAUCACAUUCAAGAUCGAGCCCAUGUCAUUCAGAAGGCGAAGAACAGCAAAACUGGUGAUGAAGAAUUAAAUCAAGAAUUCCUCAAUUUAGAUGAAGCUGAAGCUCAUGCAUUUGAUGAAGAAUGGCAGAAGGAGAUCACAAGAUACAAGCCCUCUGCAGCAAGAAACCGUAUAGACACCCCAAGACCUAGAAGUAUCCAUCGUGUAAGCAGGGAAGAUGGAGCAAGAAGGGAGAAGGCUCUUCCAAGAACAGCCAUCGAGGGACCAAGGAAGCCUAAAUCAGCUGUGGAGGCUCUGAACGUUAAAGGAUCACAUGUUCCCCUCAAAAGCAGCAAAAAAUAAUCACUCUGUUGCUUUUCAUAUUAAUUUAGCUGUUUUAGGGAGGACACAAUGAUUCUGGAUCAAUGAAUAAGACCAAGCUCUCUGUUUUAGCAGUAGUGAAUUUUGCUCUUUGACUCCUGAAUGUUCCUGAAAACUCUCAACGACUUGGUAACAUCUGGGUUCAAGCAGUAAAAGGAAAAACAUUGCUACUGAAAAAAAGCACUUUAUUGAUUCCCCCCCCCCCGGAGUAGACUAUUAAAGCACCUAGUUUGCAUUAACACCAAGCACUGUAGCAUGUACAGAAAGAAAUAGUAUUAUUACAGCUACCCGUGCAACUUUUUAAAGGAAUACUAUUAACAAACUGUUUGUAACUCACGCAUAACUGGUGUCAUUUUAGUUAAAAGCUUAUCAUUUGCCAAAUGUAGAACGCUGUAAAAACUAUCUGUAUUUAAAAGCAAUACUUUACAAUACAGCAUGUAUCUAUACUGUUAUUAGACCAUCAUUAUUGAUGUGCAUUGCACUGAAUUGCAUAUUUAUGUCACCAUUCUCUCCUUCCUUCAUAUCUUUUUACAUGACCUCUGUCUUCUAAAUUGGUCAUUCUGUUUCCUUGGAAGAUGAUCCUGUACUUCUGCUCUGCUAUACUUCUUGCCAAGAUUAAACUGGAUAUUUCUGGCCCUCUUUUUAUAGCCCCCUAUUAAAAUUAAUAUUGAUGGGUAUAUUAAGUCACUUCCAUGUGUUGUAGAUUAAUCAUUAGAUGCAUUGGAUUUUUCAGUCAUUUAGAAUAGAAAAGCCAUUAACUAGAAAAGAUGAACUUCAACCAGUUUGUAUAAUGCGUUUGAUGACUAUUCAAAGUGAACUGCCAACAUUAUCUCUGCAUUGCCUAAAUAAAUCUAAUAAUUUUAGCAAAUAAAGUUUCACAUGGGCAAAAAAGUCCCUGGCAUUUAAGGCAAUUGAGACCCCACAGAAUUGUUCAGACCCACUUGUAGUUAUAUAUCUGAUUCCAUAUUUAUUUUAAUAUUCUCAACAUGCCUUGCUUAGAUUUGAGGUACAGCCAAGUAUUUUAUUGGAAUAUAAGUUUCUCUUAGUUUAAAGAAGGCUUCCUUCCAGUACCUGUUUUACUUUCAUAUGCUUUAACUUUAAUUAACAGUGCAAUCCUAUGAUGAGUUACUCCAGCCUAAGACCAUUGAUUUCUUCAUAGGAUUGCACUGUAACUUUUCUAAGAUUCUUCACUGGAAAGCCUAUUUCAGGUACAGCUCUGAAUGAAUUGGUGACCACUUGAUUCCAGGGGUAUGAAUGGGCAUAGAAGGAAAGUGGACACUGAAUCCCAUUUCAGUUCCCCUUCAACAUUUAUAGUGUGUAGUAAAAAUGCACAAAACCACUAAAGGUAGGUAGCAGAGGAAUGCUUAUAAUUACUUACAAAAAUAUCUUAAGAUUGCAUUUAGCAUUCCCCUCCCAUACUUUUUGGGAUUCUUUUUUUCUCUGCCUUUAUAUUGAAUCUGUUUUCCAGUUACACUUUCAUUAUUAUUUGAUACUUGUUUUCUUUUUUUUCUGUAGUUCUUGUAAUCUGUGGGUUGUAAUGUGUUGCAGUGCUUGAGAAAGUUACAGGUUGUUCCCGCCCCCCUUCUUUCUGACAUAUAGAGAUGUCUCUUGGAGUAUAGUUUUGGGUUUGGCUUUUUGUUUUUGCACAAAAAAUGUACACUUUUCUGCCUUUCAUAGUGAAGAUGCAGAUGUGAUGAAUAGGAAUAUAUUCACUGUGAAAAUAUUUCUUAUUCUUUUUAAGUGACGAAUCUCAAUUUAAUAAAUAAGGUCCUACUCAACCUGCAUCUGCGUAUGUGAAAUACAGCAAUUAGAUUGGCAAGUUACUCUGCAAAUAUACUUAGGAUUUAAGUCACUUUCAAUGCAAUCCUAAGAAGAGUUAUUCAAGACUAAUCCCAUUUAUUUCUAUGGGCUUAGGCUGGAGUAACUCUUUGUAGGAUUGCACUGAGUAAAUAUUAAGUUUCUAUAGGAAAAGACUUAGGAAGGUUUGAAUUUUGGUCUUUAGAAGAGCUAUAUAUUAGACCUCUUAAAGAGAAUAUAUAGUGCAAAAGAAACUUCACAGAUUAAUGGCCUCCUUGAUAUCAAAUCUCUUUCAUAUAAAAUCUAUUCUUAUUCAAAAUUGCUUGGAAGAAAAUUCUGUAUUUACAUAUUCUUGAUACUGAAUGAGAUGUUAAGCUACUUCUCAUUACUUGAGUUGGCAAUGUUACAUAUUUCAAAGUUCUGAAAUUAAAUAGAGAGUUUAUUAAUAACACUUUUUUGUUAAUAAAUACCUGUUCGAUGCUG